GUACAAAUCACGUUCUGUCAGUGAAUGUUGCACAAGAGAGUAGUAAAUACUUAGCUGUCAACCGAAAAUCUUUUGUGAUGUUUUUUUAUUUCGGUUUUGGAGUAAUUUCAUCUUAAAAUUACUAGCUAACCAGACAAAGUAUUUCCAUUAAUAACAGUGUUGUGCACACACCAUAUCAAUUAUCAUUUAAGAUGUGGAUCAUUCCGAAAGAGUCCAUUUUGCCUACUCCUCUUUGGGUCAAUGAAGUAACAGAAAAAACAUCAAAGUUUUUCGUUCUACAACGUCGCCGUGGACAUGAUUCGAAAGGAUUGUCGUCCCUUUUGGUGGGCACAUUAGAUUCAGUUUUUGAUACAAAACCAGCCCCAUUUCGUAUAUUACAUCAAACACCGAACUCUGAGGCUUACUAUGAAAUAGCAAAUGCUCUAACACGCGAUGAUAUUUUAAAAGACUGGCUAUGGCUAGCCACUAAUAUGUUCACUGUGCUCAUGGAAAUGGAAAGCGAGGCGGAAGUUACAAAUUUCACAAUUUGCAAAAUACAAUCACUGGUCACGCACAAUACUGUUCCAGGAACAGACGAGGAACUGGUUGAAUCGAGUAGCUUUCAAAUGAUUGCUACGAAAUUUAAGGAGCGAUUCAAGUUGCCAGACGAUGAACGCUUGGUUAAUUAUUAUUCGUGCAAUUACUCAAAAAAUAAAUUACCUAGACAAGGUCACCUGUAUUUAUCGUUAAAUCAUUUAUGUUUUUACUCGUACAUGUUUGGCAAAGAAACAAAGUUUAUUUUAAGAUACUCCGACAUAACAGAAAUAACUCGGUCGAGCAAUUCAAUUUAUGUAAAGACCCUAAACAAUCUCGAUUACACAUUUGGACUACUGUUCUCAGUGAACGAGACCUACAACCUAAUCGAGCAACUGAGUAAAAUCGCAAUGCAGAAACUGAUCAAAGAUCCAGAGAGUCCCUCAUAUGAUCACGACCCGAUAAUAUUCCGAAAACUGUCCAAGAACGUUCCAUCGAAGUCAUAUCUGUUACGUGAUUUGACCACCCGACAACAUUCCGAGGAAUAUCGAAGGGUUUUUCGUUUACCAGCCACCGAGAUAUUGGAUGGAAAAAUUAAGGCGAAUCUAUGGCUGCCAUACAAGAAACGUUACGCCAAUGGAAAUAUAUUUCUGUCCCAGAAUUUCAUGUGCUUCAAUAGCGAUGUUCAGGGGUUGGUAUCUCUGGUGAUACCUUUGCGAAUAAUUCAGAGUGUCGAAAAGAAAAACAACGAACCAGCCUCACGCUACGAGAAUCAAAUUAUUGUGGUCGCAGAAAAUGCCACCUUUGAAUUCUCCCAAGUCUUGGACAGAGAAUUUUUUAUCACAAAAAUUUCGGAGAUACUGGCCAAAGUCAAAACCCCAACACGUAUCGACCGUCCAUCGUACGAUGUCUCCUGGACCAAGCAAAUAGCAUUGAUGAAUUUCUUCAAAAUCGAUCGGAAUGAUCAAAUGAAAGGGAAGCAAGAAUCAAAGUUGAAAAAAUGGGAGGAACACUUCAAAGAAUUCGGCAGAGGAAUCACCAUGUUCCGAACGACCGAUACAGCUAAUUUGGUCAUCGACGGCAUACCCGACGUAUUACGACAAAAUAUUUGGAUGAUAUUUUCCGGAGCUCUGCAUGACAAAGAAAUGAACCCUGGACUGUACGAAGAUUUGGUCGAGAAAGCGAUGUCAAAACACACCUCUGCUCAUGAUGAAAUCGAAAGGGAUCUGCAUCGAUCUCUGCCAGAACAUCCGGCAUUCCAACAUUCCGAAGGUAUUGACGCAUUGCGACGAGUGCUACAGGCGUACGCUUUGCGAAAUCCUCAAAUUGGCUAUUGUCAGGCCAUGAACAUUGUUUCGUCUGUGUUUUUGAUAUUUUGUGAUGAGGAAGACGCAUUUUGGCUGUUGAGCGGACUGUGUGAAAAUCUAUUGCCCGAUUACUAUAACGACAAGGUGGUUGGAGCACAGAUUGAUCAGGGUGUAUUGAACGAACUCAUAGAGACGCAUCUUCCAAAUUUGCACGCUCAACUCGAUCAACUUGGCAUGAUUAAAAUGAUCAGUCUUUCAUGGUUCCUGACGAUUUUCCUGAGCGUUAUGCCUUAUGAGAGUGCCAUAAAUAUCAUCGAUUGCUUCUUCUACGAUGGCGCUAAGGUGAUAUUUAUGAUUGCGCUGAAAAUACUGGAAUGGAACCAAGAUAAAUUGCUGUCGAGUCGGGAUGAUGGUGAGGCCAUGCAAUCUUUGACCGUCUAUCUUACUGGUAUAUACAAUACGGAGUACGAAAUCAUUCGCAAGCGUGAAAACAGAUAUCGAAGUCAAUCAGUGGAGACACUCAUUCAUGAAGCGUACAUCCGUUUCGGAGAAGCAAUAUCAACUAGCAAAAUUGAAGAACUUCGAAACAAGCAUAGGCGAAAGACCGUUCAUCAGUUCGAGAUCGAGACAGAGAAUAUCAUCGUCAAACAGUUCAAGGACAAUGGGUACUUUGAAACGGACGAAUUGCGCGGCUUGUUGUCGAUUCUUCGCGAUGAGAAAUUGUGUCCUAAAAGGAACCUUACGAAGUUCAUUGAAGAAACGGUAACGCCCAUCGAAUUCGACAAAAAGGAAACGUUGGAAAUGUUUGAAAUAAAUGCAGCAACGUUAAGUGAGCAGUACAGCAAGCAUGAUGCAUUCAAAAUAGAUUUCGAUACGUUUCGACUGUUGCUGAACGAACUGACUGAUUGGGGAAAAUGUCAGAGUAUCGACUUGUCUGAGAAACUGUUUCGGUUGAUGGACAAAAAGUCUCUUGGAUACUUGGACUUCAAGCAACUGAUAUUAGCCCUGGGCAUUGUCUGUUCGAACCGGGUGACGGAAAAGCUCAAGCUUCUAUACAUUCUGCACCUUCCACCAUUGCUCUCGAAAACUGACAUUGAGUCCAGCAAGGCCAACAAAUCGAAAGGCGAUGCUGAAGUCGCAACCGAAGCAGAAGAUUUUUUCGGCGACGAUGUUUCCUUUUCGAUAGAAGCUCUACCAUCACCGUCCGAUGAAACGUUCGCCGAUAAAGCCAACAUCAACAUUACGGCUCGAUCAAGCAUGAAUAUGACACCUAACCUAAGCGUCGACUCAAAUGCGAGAUCAUCGAUUUUCUAUGUGGAUCUGCCAACGGACCGAAUGUCACAAGAAGGUUGCGAAUCAAUCGACACGAUAUCGGACAUAAGCGAUUUGGGAAAGGCCGCUAAUUUCGAUAUAUUGGACGGAUCAUCGCAAUUCAGUGACGGAAAUACAAAUGCGGUCGCUGGUACAAUGAUAUCGAACGAUUCGUCGAUUGAUACGCGAAGUUUGAGCAGUUUGCGAGUCUUUCUCGAUCAUCCGGAUUCGAAUUUCACACAGAAUAGUAUACCUGACAUGGCACAAAGGAAUUUCUUGGCAUUGUGGACAUCAAUGCUGGAAAUUGUGGGAAACUGUGAUAUUGAUAUGCAACGUGCUUAUGACAUUCUAAUACAAUUAGGUUCCAGUAAUCCUGAAGUGAAGCGGAAACAUAGUUUUGACGAGGGUUUCACUCGAGUAACAUUACCAGAUUGCACGGAUGAGGCGGAUUCCAACGGAAAUAAAUCACACAAAGCGAACAAGUCUCCAGCGAAAAGUUCACAACAACAGAAAUCGACGUCAUCAACGACAGUUGAUUCUUGGUAUUUAACAUUAAAUCAAUUCAUUGCCACAACUUUGCCUGUUAGCAAAAUUAAUGCUGCGCUAAGCAAGCGUUCACACAUCACCGACAGUAUUGAAAUGUUACAAAAGAAUCGACGCAAAUGUGUUGUUUAGACUCGGAUGCAAAAAUCCUUUUAUUAAUAGCUUGUGUAUAGUGUAGAGUUGUCGGAGAAAUUCUGAAAACCGCAAAGUUACGUAAAUGCCAAGAUUUAGUGUAAGUCGUGUCUUUGUCACAUGCCUAAAAUAUGUUUGCAGGAUUUGAUGUCUCUGAGUAUUGUACGUUUUAUCCAUAAAGUUAUUAUACACAAAAACUAUUUUAUCAAUAAAUAAAACAACGAGAAAAA